AGACGGUCCCUGCGCACUCUCAGUGUCUCACAACCAGCUGAACAUAGAGAACAAUGUUAUUAGUCCAGCUCAGAGGACGGCUCUCAUGGGUUAAAAUUAGUUUGUAGCUCGUUGUCUACGGUAGGAAGUCGUCGUUUGUGUUUUAACAACGUUUAACAACGAGUUAUUGAUCCGGGAAGUUCUUAUCUGUGAAUAUAUUUCCAACUUUACCGAACUUCAUUAUUCAGGUUGUAAAGGAAACAUUAAGUAGGAUAAAAAGGGGGGGAACCUCACAGAGUGCAAUGACAACCACUUUUUGAUUGAUUAUAGUAUUUAAGAAAUGACAUAGGUGCUGUGCGGUUGAGUGCGCGGCGGAGUAUGCGUGUGUGUGUGUGUGUGUGUGCGUGUGCGUGUGUGUGCGUGCGCGCGUGUGCGUGUGUGUGUGUGUGCAGCAGCUGCUCUCUCCCUGACUUCAUGUUCAGUCCUGCAGUGGCGGAUGGGCUCGUUCGGUGCUCCAGCCGACAGGAGCGCAGACAUCUGAGGAGCCCAUCUUGGUCAGCACCUUGCUGCCUUCAGCUUUUCAGCUCAGCAUCACAGAGGAUUCGCACACGAUCUGAUUGUGAUGGACUGAAGGUGUGAGGAGGAAAAGCGCAGCAGACGGGGGUCCGCAUCAGAUUUACCUUCCUUGAAGAGGUUUUUACCCACAAUGAACAGGAGGACCUACAGACCACAAGACUGCAUACAGUUUUGAUUUUGGGACGUGGAACCUGAUGUGAUGUCUUUGGUGGGGAUUGUUAAGGAUUUGCUGCUGCAUUGGAUUCUGAUUUUCGUGUUUUGCUUUUUCUUCGCCGCGUCUAUGAAUGGAUUUUAAUGAGGACCAAAGGAAGCUUUUGCAGUAAGCCUUAUAUCCGAGAGAUUUUCAUAUUUCUCUCCUGUCCCCCCUGCUGUGAUUCUGUUCCCGCCAGGAAGCAGCAUGGAUCUAUCCCAGGACCAGCCAUCGGACUGGAGCUCAGUCCAGCCCAGUUUCUCUCCACUGCUGCAGUACGACAGCUCUCAAGAAAGACUCAACCGUACAUACAGCUUCCACAGCUCUCUAAUGCUGCCCUCCACCUUCAGCUCCCCCACUGACUCCCUCCGUCAACCUCUGCCCUCACUGCUGCCGUUCUCCCUUGUCCCAUACCCCUCCCUCAUCCCCUCCCCUUUAUUCUCCACCACCUCCUCAUCCUUUCCACAAGCAUCCACUUUUGUCAACCAACCCUCCUCCUCCUUUCCUUUGUCCCUGCCCACCUUUUCAUCUAAUGACUUGUCAGAUCUGGAGAGCAUGCUGCUCUGGACCCUCCAUGAGCCGAGCACCAUCGCUCUAACCAUCAUGUACUGUGUGUCCUUCAUUUUGGGAUUCAUUGGGAAUUUAAUGUCCCUGCGUGUCCUCACUAACAGGCGCAGCCGGAGGCUAGCAGGUGUCAGUGCCACACGUAGUCUCCUGCUGAACCUGGCAGUGUGUGACCUGGCUGUGGUGUGUGUGUGCAUGCCCAUCACCCUGGGAAGCCAGAUUUACACCGCCUGGGUGUAUGGUGACCUCUUGUGUCGAGCUGUCCCCUUCACGCAGGCUGUUUCAGUCUCAGCCAGUGUGUUAACACUAACAGUGAUCAGUGUGAACCGUUACUACAGUGUUCGAUCACCACUGAAAGCUCGCUCUAUGUUUACCCGCCGUCGCAUCUUGGCGACUGUUGCGGUGGUGUGGACUGUGUCCUCGAUCAUGUGCGCUCCUAUUGCAGUGAUGAACCGACGGCGGGAGAUCAGCUUUGGGUCUUUUGCCAUCUUGGUCUGUCAGGAGGAGUGGCCUCAGCCUCGCCUUAAACAAGGAUACAAUGUGCUGCUGUUUGUGAUGCUCUACUGUCUGCCAGUGACCUUUAACCUCACCAUAGGCUUCCUGACUGGCAGGCGGCUUUGGGGCGGGAAGAAAUCCACCUUCUCUGAUCUCGAUCCUCGUAGCCAAGCUCUGCACGCCUCACGCCUCAAGACCCGUCAGAAGAUCGCCAAGAUGGUGGUGUGUCUGGUGCUGCUGUUUGCAGUGUCCUGGCUGCCUCUCUACUUGGCUGACCUGUGGAUCGACUGCGAACAAAGGCCACCAUCUUGGCUCCUGCAGACACGGCCAUUUGCCCAGUGGCUGGGCCUGACAAACUCUAGCCUUAACCCCAUCUGCUACUGUUUCAUAGGCGAUCUGUACCGCUCGGCCAAAGUGAUACGGACACGAUACUACCAGAAAGUCGCCGCUCUCUUCGGCUCCUCCUCGUUCUCCAGCUCAGUUGUAGUGGCGUCUCCUGACACAGUGAUUACGGACUCCAAAAUGACUGCUGCUGAGCGCAACCAUAUUGCUGCUGCUGCUGUGGCAGCGUCCACAUCCAUGGUGACGGUCCCCAGGCUGUUGAGCUUGGAAAGAGGCCAGAGACUGGGGAAGAAGGUCGGAGACAGUUCAGACAGCCGACCAGGAUCUGACCACAGCAUCUCAGACUGGUGUCGGUCCAGUCCCAGUGUGUGUGACAGCUCCUUGUUCUCCUGCCAGCUCAACACAUUCCAACAUGCCAUACAGAGAGCAGACUUCAUGCCCACAAGAAGACACUCUGUGAUUGAGAACGCUGGAUCAUUACCUGUGAGAAUCGAAUCUAUGGAAAUAGACAUGCUACCUUUGAGGAGGCAUUCAGGGGACAAAAUAUAUGGUCUGUCAGCUGACAAGAGAGACAUCAUUACCAUGGGCAGAGAUGCUUUCUGUUACACCGGGCAGCACAGAAGCAAAACAUCACAAACCUACUCUCCAGUAGGAGGCAGGGAGGAUGAAACAACCCAUAUGACCUGGCUGUGAAAACUGCAGAUUAUCUGAUGUAUCAGCAGGGAGAAUUUUUUUCUUUUUUUGUCCUGCAGGCGGCAAAAACACACACAGCUCCUGAUUCACAGUUUGCAGUUGACAGUGUAGGUUAAUCCCUUGCAAAAGCCAUUGUUUGUCUUGAAGAUAAAUGGGCUCGGUCUACACUCUUUCUUCCUGCGUGUAGUAUUCUCUCUGUAUCAUCAAAAAGCACAUGGGAUCCAGGCUUGAUGUUUGUACAGAUGAGUUCAGGUCUUUGAAGGCAGGCGGAGGGGGCAGCGAUGGAGUGAACUCUGCAAGGGAAGAGUUGGAGUGUUAUUUAGCCCCGGGCGAGAAAGCCAGUUAUCAGUAUGAAGGAUGGAUUGCAGCAGCGCACCAUUACAUGCAUAUCAUAAGCGAUUCAGCUGCUAGUCACAGUGUCUAAAAUCCUCACAAGACAAUAACACAGCAGGAUGUAAUUGUGUAAUGAGGUUUUUAUUUAGAUUUGUUUUCCUCUCUGAUCGCUUUGCUAAUGGUUUAGAUUGUGUUUGCUCACAGAAAAGGUCAAGCUCUGUGUUACACACAGAUGUAAAGAGUCGCUGACAGGUUUUUACACGAUAAUGUCACCAUCAAUGUCGGCAGUCUGUGACAGCAGCUCCAGACAGUAGCAGCAGUUCUGUAUGUGUGCAGUCAUACACGUUAUUUGCAGGGAAUGUGAGAUAUACUGUGUAUGAGUACAUUGACUGGUUAUGAUUUGCACAUGUUAUUGGUGUUAUAUUGCCAUUAGGUGUGAAAUAACAUUUCAGGUUAGUCUGAUUUAUAAAAGCUAGACCAAAUGGUCUGAAAAGCCCAAGACAAGCAUGGUAAUUUAAAGGGUCUAUUCACUCAGAAAACAUAUUGUCGCUUUUACCUCUUUUAGUAUGUCACCAUUUAUAUAGUUAUGGUAUUAUCUGAUUUUUCUGCUACCACCCGAAUAGCAUGGACAUGAAUUUUGUUAAGAACACUCCAAGCAUUUAAUAAUUACAUU